UGAGGAAGCAACAGGUGACAGCCUCGUAGAGUCGUGCCUGCCGCCAAGGUGAAACCUGCUCUCUCGUGAGCCCCACCCGCGUGUGUCCCCAAGGCCAACCAGAAAAGCCCGUCCACGACGUCAGUUCAGACGCCCUCAGCUUGGGCACGAAACAAGGCUCUUUUGCUAGACGCUGAAGGAACCGGUGCGCCGCAGACUGUACAGGGGCCAGCAUUGACGGACGGCCCUCCGCCCAGCACAGAGUACCCCCAAGACGGAUCCGUGCUCGCAGCUCAGCCAUGGCGACUAUCAGGGUCUCCCCCAUGGCCGAGGGCGACAUCCCCGGCUCCGUUGCCGCCAUCCAGGCGGCCUUCGCCGAGGACCCAUACACCCACUGGAUGUUUGAUAUGUCAAAGUACAACGCCCAAAGAAAUGCGGCCUCACUGGGUGUCAGGUGCCGCUGGGGCAUGCGCAAUGGCCUCUUCCACGUCGCCAAGGAGCAAGGCAGUGACGAGGUCCUCGGCGUAGCCAUGUGGUUGAAACCUCAGCCCGCCAAUCAGCCCGCCACCUGGUAUGACUGGUUCGAGGACUGGCGGCUAUGGUUCAACCAGCUUGGUAUGAACCUGUAUUACGGUCGUGGUGGGCUCAACGUGAAGAGGUAUUACAUUUGGAAACAAGCGCAAGAAACGGCACACUCGAGCGUUUGGACCGACCCUCGCGGGUACUACUUCUUGAACAUCAUGGUUGUUUCCCCAAAGGCCCAGGGCAAGGGUAUUGGUCGCGCAAUGAUGAAGUACGUUACAGAUCGAGCCGACCUCGAGGGCAUGCCUUGCUACCUCGAGUCCAGUCGGGAUGUGCCAAACAUGGAAAUCUACGGCCGUUUCGGCUUUAGGUUCGCCAAGGAGCUCCUCUGUGACGACGACGGCACGGCCAUCAAGCUUUACACCAUGGUCCGAGACCCGGAUGGCCCGUCAACGACAUGAUGUUUUCCAGCUACCGAGCACCUCAGACACCUUUCUCAAAGUUGUUAUUGGUCAAUCCUUUUCACUGGCCGCUAUAUCGAGCGGAGUGUGACCUCGAAUUGUACCAAAAAGAAAAGAAAAAACUGAUAUCAAGGAGAAGUUUCUUCGCUAUUUCAUCUAUGUAAAUCAUCGAGGGUCAUCAACCUGCCUCUCGCUCGUCUUUUGUGAUCUGUUGUCCAGAAUCCUAAAUUCGACUAAAUUCGACGACUACUGUACUCUUGGCAGGAUAAAGAAAUCAUACGAUUUGAAAUCACCGCGCCGUUCCAGAAAACUUGCUCUUGUCUGGUUCUGGUGAAUUGGAAUCAAUGGGAAGCAAGUGCCGCCGCGUUUGAGCACUUUGCAAAUGGUCUCUGUGGCAGGUAAGCAUCCUGAUGACGCAC